UGGUGUACAUAUUUGACGUCGCUUCCUCGAAAGAAAAGGACCGAAAUUUCAGAAAUUUCCAUCAAAAGCAAAAAUAUUUUGGACUAUCUUGCCUUUGUAUCAUGUCUAAACAGCCAGGAGGUUACCCAAGACAACAGAYAUACCCCCAACAACCACAACAAUACUACCCACAAGGGAUGCCACAACAACCCUAUCAACAAUAUCCUCAGCAACAAGGUUAUGUGCCAGGCCAUCCAGCACCACCACCUGCAGGCUAUGGUGUACCUCCAUCAUCAUAUGGAGUACCGCCACCACCAUACACAGCAACACCCCAGCCACCUCCAGCUUACCCUAUGCAACAGAUGCCAGUUCAACCAGGUCACCCAAUGCCCAUGGUUCAAGGUAGCUUUGACCCAGGMGCACGGUUCCACCAAGGAGUACCACCAACCGUACCACCACCACCACCGGGAUGUCCUCCUAAUGCUGCCCAAGUUGCUGCAUCUCAAGGACAACCAGUUGCUAUGAAUCAAACCCCAGAAAGCUGGGUCAGCGGUGGUUCAAGUGGUGGAUACACUGUUUGGUAGUUGUAAAAACUGUAAAGUAGCAACCCUAGAUAGUUUUUCAUGGCAGUAUGAUCUAUAUUCCUCCCUCAAAACCUGAACAAGAAUGUGUGUCUACAAAUUUGUCAAAAGACACACACAUUGUGCUAACCAGGUUGACUAGUGUAUUAAUAUAGUAUAUAUUGCCUAUUAAGGUAGCUAGGGAAAUGACGGGUUUAGGCAAGCAAGUAGCUAAAAAAUAAAAAAAUAUCACAAGAUAGUGAAGAAUAAUCAUCAUACAAGAUGGCUUUCUAUGUGUAUAUUUUAGUACAUGUUAAUACAUAAACAUAAACUUACAAUACAAUGUAACUCACUGUAUGAUAUUGAGAACAAUACUAAGAUUUAAGAUUAGCUAGACAAGCAUAAAAAUAAAAAUACAUUAUUGUAUCAUUGGUGCACAAUGUGAAUAAUAAAAGAAAAUAAAAAUUCAGAAAUGACAUGA